GUGUACUAUGGCACUCACGCUGUUCUUUAUAUGUUGGUUGUUUCAGAGUUUCAGUUUUGCUUGAGAGAAGAAGAGAAGCUGAAAAAGCUGGAGAAGUCUGACCUGGAUAACUGGGAGAACAUCAGAGGACCCCGCCUGUGGGAAGAUUCCAGGACUGUUCAGAGGGAACGGCGGGAGGCUCUCGGUCUCAGGACACAGUGA